AUGCUUGUCUGCGUGAGAUGGCAGAUUUGUUCGGAAACUUCGUGGGUGUCCCUUAGUAGCAAUACAGUCAAUGGACUGAAUCAGAGAGCAAAGAACGUUUUUGCUAGCGUGGUGGGUGGUCUAAGAGUUGAUGUUGACCACCCACAAAGUUAUCGCCGUGUGGCAUUUCCUUUUGUGUUUAUAAAUGACGUGAAAGAUUCAGUGUGUGAGGUCGUGUGA